AACGUCAGGAAAAGGCGCGAAAAACAUAUCGACUUGUGUUUUUAGCUGCUCGUGAUUUGUAGAUUAUUUAUCUUGUUAAAAGAAAAGCUGUGCGAUGGAUUUGAAUAUCAGAAGGAAAUCUACUAAACUGCAAUUGACCAGUAGUCUUGUUGAAACCUAUCCUCAUGAUCUUCAAAUGUACAAGAUUCCUCCUACUGAAAACAUAACUCUUCAAGAAUUCGAAACUUUAUCUUUGGAAAGAGUAACUUUGUUGAGGACUUUAGCAACAGCAACAACUCUUAAAGGACUUCGAGCAUAUUCAGAUGAAUGGACGGAAUAUGUCAUAGGUGAGCUUAGAACUCAAGGUUUGAAGUAUUAUGCAAAGCUAUGUGAAAAAUCGUCUUGUGCAACUACUGAAGCUGAUUUGCAAGCGAGACGAAAGGACCACAUUGCACACUUCAUACUUCGACUAGCGUACUGCAGAACAGAGGAAUUGCGUCGAUGGUUCAUUGCAAGAGAACUGGAGUUAUUUAAAAUGAGGUUUGCCACCAUGAGAGGAGAAGCUGUGGAUACAUUCUUCAAAAUAAACAAUUUAUGCUAUACUAACAUCAGUGAUGAAGAAAAGAGUGAAAUUAUGCAUUGUCUAAGAGAGUGUACCCCUCAUGCAAAUAUUGAUAACAUGAAAUUCUACAAAGUGAAGUUCUAUGAAGUAUUGGAUCUGGUGAAAAUGCGAAAAGUCUACCUCAGCGGCGGGUACGCGUACAUUGCACACAAAGACUUCAUAUCUGUUCUCUCUGCACAGUAUAGAACACAACUGAAACAGAGUCUAGCGGUUGCUUGCCACCAUCUUGGUGAGAUAGAACAGGAUGAGCGAUUAGUAUCAUUACUGAAAGGUUUACAUCAAUCAUAUUCUGGCAACGACUACAGUUCUUCUAAAGCUGUCAUACCUAUUGAGAGUUUAGACUCCUUAUCGGUGAAGUCCUUCCCUCUGUGUAUGCGGCAGCUGCAUGAGCAGUUGAGACUGGCCCACCAUCUCAAGCAUGGAGGCAGAUUACAGUAUGGCUUAUUCCUGAAAGGUAUUGGUGUGACAUUGGAAGACUCCUUAAGAUUUUGGAGGGAAGAGUUCACAAAGAUAAUGGAGCUUGAUAAAUUUGAAAAACAAUAUGCUUAUAAUGUCAGAUAUAACUAUGGACAGGAAGGUAGUAAGAGGGAUUAUUCUCCGUUCAGUUGUUUAAAGAUCAUUAAUACUACUGUUGGUCCAGGAGACUGCCAUGGAUGUCCUUACAAACAUUGUGACGUUGGCAUUCUGAAGAACAGACUUCAGGGUUAUGGUCUCGACCCACAGGGUAUCAAUGAAAUAAUAGACAUGACAAAAAAGGGACACUUCCAAAUAGCCUGCAGCAGAUACUUUGAUGCUGUGCAUCAUUCUGACCUUGGACUAGGCAUCAACCAUCCUAACCAAUUCUUUGAAGAGUCUCAGAAGAUAGCCAAAGGAGAUGUAAAAGUAGAAAUUAAGAAAGAACCCAAAUCAAUAGCUUCAGUGAAAAAAGAAUCAGUUGAUGAGUUUGAAGAUAUGGACUUCGAAGAGGUCAUGUAAAUAUAUCUUUUGGAGCCUAUUUGACCUUUAACACUAUUCUGUCUUUAUCAUUCAAAAUUAAGUACUAAAAUUAGCAGGAUAAAGACUUGAUAAAGAAACACUUUCAAAACAUUGAUAAAUAAAAUACAUUAAGAUAAUAAUUAAAA